GCGAAGUACGUAUAUAAAUUGCCUACCUUCUCGAAGAAGCGCGAGGGUAAAGGUCUCAUCUAAACUGCAUAAUUAUUUACACAUUAGCCACUCAUUAUACGAACGCCUCAUCAAAAUCUCAUCAAAAUCUCAUCCUCAAACACGUAUCCGCCAGGCUGCCAAUAGGGACACGAUGGCACCGUAUAUGAAGGCCUUGGUCACCGUCGAGGGCAAGACUGCAACGGUGAAGGAAGUUGACAUCCCAAAACCCAGGGAAGGCGAGAUACUAGUCAAGAUUCAUUAUGUCGCCCAGAAUCCGACUGAUUGGAAGGCCAUGAAAUCGGUGCAACCUGGUCGGAUCAUCGGGUGCGACUUUGCUGGUAUUGUGGAAGACGGCAACGGCUCCCGGUGGCACAAUGGUGAACGCGUCUCGGGUUUUGUUCAGGGUUCAUCGGUCGACCCGACGAGAGGAGUAUUCGCAGAGUACGCCGUGAUCGAAGCCAGUCUCGUAUACGCCAUCCCAGACGAAGUAUCCUACCAGGAUGCUGCCGUCAUCCCAUUGGCCUUUGCCACAGCCGUCCAGGCCAUCUUUGGCAGGCUAAAGAUACCCGAGCCAAGCAGCCCAGCCAAGAACGGUUUCCCUUUCCUUGUCAGCGGCGGUACCUCGAGCGUUGGCCAGUAUGCUGUUCAAUUGGCUAAGAUGGCCGGUGCAUUUGUGGUCGCGACGGGAUCGGCUCGAAACCACGAGCUCUUGAAAUCGCUAGGAGCCGACGCUGUGGUCGACUAUAAAGACCCGGACUGGCCAGAACAUGUACGCAAGCUAACCCACGAUCAUCUGGAAUUUGCUUUCGAUUGCAUAUCCGAGAAUGGAACGACAGAAGCUAUUGUAAGGUCAUUAUCGCCAGAAAAAGGAGGACACGUCGUCGCUAUCCUCCCCGUGAAUGAGAUCAGGGAUAAAAUCGAGAACGAGAAGAUCAAGCUAGAAAGCACCAUUGUGUACACUGUCUUCGAACGACCGCGGAGUUUCGGCGCUUUCGACAACUGCGGAUACGCAACUCCGGGUGACAAGGCGUUAUGGGAGAAGUACUUGGCCAUCCUACCAGAACUGCUCUCUAGUGGCAAGCUCAAGCCUAACAGGGCAAGAGAGCUCGGGGGACUUGAUGAUAUCUUGUCUGGCUUCGAGAAACAGCAAGAUGGCAAUGUCAGCGCAGAGAAGCUAGUCUAUAAGAUCACAUAAUGAUCGAAUAUAAUUAAUCAUAUAGAAUCGCAGGGGUCAUUAUGAUAUAACCUACCUAGGUACCUAAAGAAUAUGAAGGUCUGGCUUCAUUGUCAGCAAACUGGCGGAAUAUCAAUGCAUUUUCCCGCGCCUAUUCGAACGUGCAUCCAAGUGU